UAUCUUUUUUUUGAGGCGUUUUUCUUAUUAAUAAAUAUUUUUUUACAGAUCAACAUUUGUUUUUUCCUGACUAUUAAUUUAUUACAAAUAAUUUAUUUUUAAUUGAUAUAUUAUUAUUUUAGUUACAAAAAUUGAAUUCUACUUUCAGUAUUAUUUAGUUAUAAGUUUAAUUCGCCAUAUACAGUGGCAGAUGGAUCCAUUAAAGUACAAACAUUUCAUCUUGUGAAUAUGAUCAAAUAUCACUCAAUUUUUGAAAACAAAUUGUUUAAUAAUGGUGUUAGCUUCGAAGGAAAUUAUACCUGUGCUAUCCUUAUGUUGCUUUUGGUAUCUGGUGAGUUCAGGUAGCAAUGUAGUAGGUAAAACAUUGUUAAAUCAAUUUCCAUAUCCAAUGACUGUUACAAUGGUUCAAUUAUUGUCAAUUACAAUAUAUUCUGGACCAUUUUUUAAUUUAUGGGGUGUUCGACGAUUUGUAGAAAUUAGUUGGCCUUACUACUUUAAAUUAAUAGUUCCAUUGGCACUAGGAAAGUUCAUUGGGUCUGUUUUCACACAUGUAAGCUUGUGGAAAGUGCCUGUUUCAUUUACACAUACAGUUAAAGCCACAAUGCCAUUGUUUAGUGUAGUGUUGUCAAGAAUAAUUUUGGGAGAAAAACAAACACUAAAGGUUUAUUUAUCAUUAAUGCCAAUUAUAAUAGGAGUGGCGAUCGCAUCUUUUACUGAAUUAUCAUUUGAUUUAGUAGGUUUAUUAAGUGCUUUAGUUGCUACAUUACAACAUACAUUACAGAAUAUAUUUUCUAAAAAAGUUCUUCGUGAUACAGGGAUUCAUCAUUUACGUCUUUUACAUGUACUAGGUCGCCUUGCAUUGUUUAUGUUCCUUCCUGUUUGGUUGUAUUUUGAUUUUUGGCAUUUAAUAUCAGUCUCAAAAUUUAGUACAAAUACUGAAUCCUAUAAAGUAUUAGGUUUAUUGAUAAUUGAUGGUAUAUUAAAUUGGCUUCAAAAUAUAUUAGCCUUUAGUGUAAUGUCAAUGGUAACUUCAUUAACAUAUGCUGUUGCCAGUUCAUCUAAAAGAAUUUUUGUUGUUGGUGCAUCUCUAAUUGUAUUGGGAAAUCCUGUGACUCUUAAUAAUAUCUGUGGGAUGGCUUUAGCAUUAUUUGGUGUUAUGGCCUAUAAUAAGGCUAAAUAUGACGCCAGAGAAAAUGACAAAAAACGUGUUAUUCUACCUAUGACGAAUCAAAAUUUGAAUAAUUCCAAAGUGUGGUUAAAUGGUCAUAGUAACACUAAUGGCUAUAAGUCACUGUUUGUUUAAUUUUACUUAAAAAAGUUUAAAAUGUUUUGAGAAAAUUUUUUAAUAGAUUUUAUAAAACCUUAAAUGAACCAAGGUAUUGUUACAUAAUUGUUCUGUUACAUUUUAUAUAGACGAUGUAUUACAUUAAAUUAUAUUUUUAUAGUAAUUCAAAUAAAACUUAUUAAUUAAAAAAU